GUUAGUUUCCUCACAGCCUUUGAGGCGAGACGGGUGACGUGGGUGGGGCCCUGGCCGGAGCCGAGUCGGACCUCCCCCUGGCGUGUGGUGGGCUCGGGUCAUCAGAGAAGUUUAAGUAGCUACAACAAUGAAGCUUUACAGUCUAAGUGUCCUUUACAAAGGAGAUCCCAAAGUGCAUUUACUGAAAGCUGCCUAUGAUGUGUCGUCAUUUAGCUUUUUCCAGAGAUCCAGUGUUCAGGAAUUCAUGACCUUCACAAGUCAGCUGAUAGUAGAGCGUUCCGAGCCUGGCAGCAGAGCUUCUGUAAAGGAACAAGAAUACCUCUGCCAUGUUUACGUGCGGAAUGAUGGGUUGGCCGGAGUGGUGAUCGCAGAUAAUGAAUAUCCACCCCGGGUCUGUUUCACCUUGCUGGAUAAGGUGCUAGAUGAAUUCUCAAGGCAGGUUGAUAGGAUAGACUGGCCUUCUGGAACCCCAGCAACAAUAAACUACACAGCAUUGGAUGGCUAUCUUAGUAAAUACCAGAAUCCCCGUGAAGCAGAUGCAAUGACAAAAGUGCAAGCAGAGUUGGAUGAGACCAAAGUCAUCCUGCACAAUACAAUGGAGUCUUUGUUAGAACGAGGAGAGAAACUGGAUGACUUGGUGUCCAAAUCAGAGGUUCUUGGAACUCAGUCAAAAGCCUUCUACAAAACUGCCCGCAAGCAGAACUCGUGCUGUGAGAUCAUGUGACCCUAUCGGCUGUGGCCCACCACCUGCUCUGGACUAUCAGGCCUUCAUUCACAUUCAGGACUCCCGGAACGAGGCAGUAAGAAGAUGUACCCCAGAACUACCUACAGUGGCUGUCCUUGUCUCCAGAUUUAGCCACCUCAGCCAGACUGGAUGCAUGGAAUGGGAUAUUAUGACGGGGUUCAUGAAUUUAAAACAAUCUCUUUUUUUCCCUUUUCUUGGAAAGAAGGUAUCUUGCAUGUCAAGAUGCUUGUAUUAUGGGGGUGAAGAUAGAUCCUGACUUUUAACCAAAGGGGCUACUGCUCUGGCAGACUGAUUGAUGUGUGUUAGACUAUGUGGGGCUUUUUGCCCUGCAUUUUUCUGAAAUCUGCUAGUAGAUGUGGACUCUGGCCUGCAUCUAUCACCGUUUUCUCAUGUAACACUAAGAAAACAGUUUGACCAUCUGAAGGUUGCAAGCCAGUAACAAGACGUGAUUUGCCCGUCUCAGUACUGCAUCUAGUGAUGGGGAUGAUUUUGUUUGCUAAAAUGUUCUCUGCUACUGUUGGAAGCAAAGCAGAACCCAUGUCAACUUCCAGCCCGUUCAGAAUCAUCCAGGGACCAUCUGUGGACUGGCACAACUAGUUGAAAGACCUGGGGUACCCUGAGAACUGGUUCUGCUUUGUAAUCUCGCAGAAGAGCUCAGAGCGGCUGGGGAAAGGGAUUCCUAGGGAGAGCUUGGACUUUUGUGAAAUUGCUUGGAAUUAUUUCCCUUGAUUCAAGCUGGGGAACUCCUAUCUUGGGACUAUAUUUGCCAAGGAGAUAAGCAACAGUUGAUGGUUUAUCUUCACACCCAACACUACUGCCGCUUGUCAAAGACAGGGCUCAUUUUAGAAAGUAUGAUGCGGUCCCAUCUACUGGAAAUCUCUUGCAUCUUUAGAGCUGGUUUGGGGAUGGCUUAUCUGUGGGACUGGUCAAUGUUCUAGUCAAUGGCUUGUGUUGCUUUUGCCAUGCUCUUCCAUAGGAAAGGGAAGAACUGUUUUACACUCUGGAUAGCCUCCUUCACUAGCAACGUGUUGUCUUAUGGCUACUGUCAGGCAGUGCCCCUGCCAUAGUAUUAACCAGCAGCCCUUGUUGGAAACAGUGUGAUUUGCCCAGAAACACUAUCUGCUGCUUUGCACUAGGAGUUUUGUGGAGUGUAACUGUCCUAUUUUGGGCAUAGGUGUGUUAGCCGCUGAAAUUGUGCAUCUUGGUGUCGUCUUGUGAUCUUGGCUGGGCCUACCUUCUCCUACCUGGAGUGUUUGUCUCUGCCGGCUAGUUGUGUGUAAAUACAGAAAAUGUUGUUACUUACGCUCUUGUCUUUCCGUCAGUGGUGCCUGAGCUCUUAUCUUGUGUGAGGCAGGGAUGCUAUUCAACAGCUGUGGCUCCCCCCCCAAAAAAAACCUGGUCUUUUCUUACAAUUGCGGGGGGUGUUUCUGCACAUAGGUGAGAGAAUGCAUCACUCAAAAUAAGCCCUGAGAGAAGCAGCUCCAGUAGUUGCCAAGAAAAUGCCAUGCUAUUCUGAUGUGUAUCAGUGGGGUUGUGGGGGAAUUGGUCAACUGGCUCUUACAUUGUAUUUGCCCAGAAACACCAACAAACACCCAUCUUCUAGGCAAGGGAAGGAAAACUUCAGCUGUUGUUGGUCUCCAGUUCCAAUCAGCUUCAGCCAAGAUGGGAGUUAUAGUCCAGCAAUGUCUGGACUGCAAUGGGUUUCCCCAUCCCUAUUUUAAAUAGAUUGGUUGAUAACUCCAGCAACACCAUUAGCAAAACCUCCUCUCUCUCCUCGAGAGGCACAGGCAAAAUUGUUCUGUUAUUGUGCACCAAGCUGCAGCAAAGGGGGAAAAUGCCAGCAUACCUAAUGGUCAUUGUAGGACAGAGCUGAGGCUUAUUGAUGGAGCUGUGAGCUGGAGUGCACUUCCUGACAUGCGUUCAGUUUUGUUGUUACUGCUGCUGCUUUUGCCAUGUUUGACUGCAUCGAUUCUGUGAUGGUCUCUUGAGCAACCAGCAACUACCAGAUUGCAAACAUCUUGCAAUUUAUAAACACCUACUAAGCCAGAGCUGAAGGAGUGAAAAUGGGCAAGUGAGAGACCCAGGGUUUUAAUAAACUUCUGCCGUCUUAACUGACCUGGUGCAGGGUUGGCUGUGAUCUAAGACUUUAACAGCUUGGCUGCAUUUUCUUGCUCUCCGCACCAGGGCCCUUCCUGGGAAGGGAUUGGGCCAAAGAGCACACUUCGGCCAAUCAGACUUGACUCAACAUUAUGCAGAGGCUGUAUUGGCAGAACCGAUGCAGCACCCCUCUUGGUGCCAGUAAUCACCAGCCUUAAUUUUUCUUUCUUCCUCCCAUCUCUGCUUCAGACAUACCCGAGGGCAUUUCGGUAUUCUGAAAAGUCCAUUUCUGUUGCAGUCCGUUACCUACCUUUGUGGAUUGUCGCUUUGAUCCUAACAAGUCCUAAUAUGAGGGGGUGAAUAGAGGGUUGCAGUCAGUUCUGUUCCUACUUGCUGCAGAAGAGAAUAGAUCCCUCAUGGGCUUCAGAGACUUGCCCAGAGAAGUAUAGAACAAGCUAAUUAGUCUUUUGCCUCCUAGGCUCCUGUGCUCCCAUCCAUUCCUAUCCUCUUUCUAACGUGGAAGCUUUUACUAAAGAUUGUAUUUUAAUAUUGCUUAACUUCUGUAUGUACUGGUUAUUGGAUUAUACGUAUAUGGAUAAAGUUGUCACUUGAUCAUUCAAAAA